UUCUUCGACAAAAUCAUAUACAAAAAUAUUUAAAAAAUUUAUAAACACACAAAGUACUUCAAAGAAAAAAAUGCGUAAGAUGGCAACAAAGUCACUGCUCUUCUUGCUAUUGGCAACAAUUGCCAGCAGCGCCUUAGCGCAAUCGCCUGUAGAUUGGCAGCCAUUGCUUGACCAGCAAAACUUGGCCCUACGUCAGGUGGUGCAGACAUUGCAAUUGACCCGUGGCUCAGCCGUCGGAGCUGAGGAAACCGAUGCCUGUUUCGAUUGGUAUUUGGAUAAUCAGACGGCGAUCAAUGAAGUCUACUACAAGGAGUACAACGAUUGCAAAAAUACGGCAACGGCGGCAAAGAAAUUGCUUUCGGAGCAAAGUGCUUUGGAACGUCAAGAUCUUUUGGAUGAUGGUCACUCACUUUGCUCAUCUUUGGCUGCUUGCGAAAGUAUCUCUGAUGGUUUGGAGUUCUUCCAAUGCUACAAUAAGGCGUCUGACGAUAACAGCCCGAAUUUGUUUAACAUAACCGUCACAUCGGAGCGCGUCGCUGACAAAUUGACAAUUUCCUAUCAAGCCAUCAACGACACCGAACGUGUGUGUACUACUAACGCCCGUGUUAAGAACGUGAAUGACUUAAGUACUAGCAGAACGUGUCUAAAUGAUUGUUUGCUUGGAGAGUGGAGCCCACCAAAAGCACAGAACGAAGUCGUCAGCGCACAAAUCUCCAAAGAUGCCGAUCACUCAAUUGGAAGCCGAAUGUUACUCAAACAGGACUCCGAGCCAAUCGCUCGCAAGCUAGCGUUCAAAAACAAUAGACCGAUUGUAGGCGCAUGAGUCGCAUAAGAAAGAAUGUUACAGAGUAAAACUUAUUUAUAAUUUAGAAAUUUAUGUAAUAAAUGAAA